UUCCAAUUGAGCGAAGACCCAGACCUAGCUCUAGACAAGAUAUUCGUCGGAUGCAGCCUCAGCGGCUGGUGAAAUACGUUUAUGCUUUAAGUACAAUAUAGUAAGCGGAAAAAUUUGCUUAUGCUUAUGCAGCUCUACGAAAUUGGGCCGUGCCUUUUGUUUUGAUGGCCCUAUGUCGUCUGUGAGAGCAUGGUGGCUUUUCAUAAUUUAUGCGAUCGACGUUUGUCAGAUUGAAGCCUGAAGGAAUCUUGACGAGGCUUAGUAGACAUACGGUUUAAGGAAACGGUGUUUGGUGAAAAUAGACGAUUCGGAAACAGAUAAUGAGCGUCCAGUCUGGCUCGGAACAGUUGGGUUUACUUGGGGCGAGUCACGGAUCACGCUUCCAGAAUGGCAAGCUGUUCCUGUGUUGUACCUUCGCCCUGCUGGCUGCCUUCAGCAUGGGUCUGGGGUUGGGCUACUCCUCACCUGCUGAUCCUGACCUGAAGGACAGCGGCAUACUCAACGACGACCAAGUGACGUGGUUUUCGGCACUGUUUGCUGUCGGUGCGAUUGGAGGUGGUCCCAUUGCUGGCCUCCUCUUGGACCUGUGGGGGCGAAAGCUCACUCUCAUGUCCUGUGCGCUGCCGUUCGUCGUGGGCUGGGUUCUCCUGGCGACGUGCACGGCAGUCCCGUUGCUCUACAUUGGCCGGAUCCUGACAGGCAUUGGGGCUGGCAUGAACUCCCUCGUCACACCAGUAUACAUUGCAGAGAUGUCUACUCCUCAACUGCGAGGCCUGUUGGGUGCCAGCUUUCAGCUUGUCAUCACCCUCGGCAUCCUCGUUGUCUACGCUCUUGGCAUCCCGAUGAAUCAUGUCUGGCUAGCUAUUGUAGGGGCUGGGGUGGCUGCUGCCCUCGUUGUCUUGAUGAGCUUCAUGCCAGACACGCCCCGCUUCUAUCUCAUCCGCCACAAGAGAGAGAGGGCACUAGACGUUCUACGCUGGCUCCGUGGUUCCACGGCUGAUGUGGAUGGGGAAUGUAGAGAAGUAGAAGAUGCCUUGGACAAUUCCAGUGAGAAGUUCUCCAUCCGUGAGUUUGGCCAGCGAUCCCUCCUGAAGCCCUUGUUAAUCUCCGUCAUGCUGAUGAUCUUCCAGCAGUGCAGCGGCAUCAAUGCUGUCAUGUUCAAUGCCAAAGACAUCAUGCAGUCGGCGGUGGAGAACAUCUCUGCCGACGUGGCAACCAUCAUCCUGGCUGCCGUCCAGGUCGGGGCGACCUUCUUGAGCGUGAUUCUGAUGGACGUGGCAGGAAGGAAAAUCCUGCUCACCGUUGCAGGCAUUCUGAUGGCUGUCAGUUCGGGCACAUUCGGGCUCUACUACCAGCUCAAAGCGAACGAGAAGGAAAACAUGACCACUACCAUUGCUCCAGCCUUUGAACUGCUGGGCAAUGCUACCGUUGCUCCCACUGCGGCCGGCCAGCCUGACCUGACGUGGCUGUCCCUCGUCAGUCUCAUCAUCUACAUCAUCGGUUUCUCCAUCGGCUGGGGACCCAUCCCUUGGCUCAUCAUGUCAGAGAUUUUCCCCACUAAAGCCAGAGGGGCAGCAAGUGCCAUUGCUGCAGCGGUCAACUGGCUGUUUGCGUUCAUUGUCACCAAGACUUUCGUGUCUCUGCAGCAAGGACUGACAGAGCAAGGGGUGUUCUGGCUCUAUGCGGGCGUCUGCAUCAUUGGCGUCAUCUUUGUCAUCUUCCUGGUCCCUGAGACCAAAGGCAAGACGCUGGAAGAGAUUGAGGCAGUUUUCACUGGCCAGGCUCUGCACAGUCACCUUCCAUCUGGCUCCGACAACAAAAUAGGUUUCAUAAACGACUAACGCGGCAUCUGAUGCAACCCAAAGAAAACAAAACCCAUGCAAAAUUACGAGGAUCUCCACCCGUUUUUAAUUUCUAAUCAGGAAAGCUGUAAAAAUAUUUGUGUAGGUUGGAGACUCAGUCUUUCAGUAUAAGAUUUCUUCAAGUUAUUCUAUAGAAUGAUGGGAGUGGAUAGAUCGGAUUAACAUCCCUGCUUGCAUUUUGUAAAGGAGGGGUCACUGAAGGUUUUGGUAGCCAAUCUUUUUUGGUAUUUUGUAAGUAAUUUGAAACUUAAAAGAAGCCUUAAGACAAAAAUCAACCUGUGGAAAUCGGUAUCUGGCACAAAAUACCUUUACUCACACACAAGAAGAUGUUAGCAGUUUUCAACUAAGGUUGCAUUCCCUUGCAUUGAAAACAAAGUUCAUGAUCAGUCUACAGGACUUUCAGUACACAUCUUUUUACAGAUGCAGCUGUGGUAAAAGAAUUUAAGAAAGAGCAUCAGUAUGGUAUAUGUACUUUGAUUCCAGUGCAGGAUAAAUGAUUUUCUUGUAAAUUUGGAAAAUUUCUGGAUUAGGAUUGGGUGAGUAUCAGCAAGUAUGAUCCAAAGACAGUUAAGUUUCACUGUAGUAUAGAAAAGUAGUGUUGCAUGUACCUAGGAACUAAAACAAGUGUACCUAUUAAUGUAAUUAGUGUACCUGAAAUGCUUUUGAAAAGAUGCAACCCAAGAUAGGAACUAGUGAUUUGCCCGUUGUGGAAUGGGUCCAUUUUGGAAAAGGCCCAUUUUCACUAUGCAUCAAAUACUGGUAAGCAAGGAUGUUGACCAAGCAACAAGUAACCGGAAGCCAAUGACCAGUAGUUGCUUAUCACAUGGCAACCUAUUAGUUGGUGACUUGGUUUUGCUUAGAAAAUUCUAUCCAUGCCAACAAAUUUGUCUGCGCUUUAUGGCAUCCAGCCAACAGACUGAUCCAAGUGGGAACUGGACGGGACUGAGCUUGAUACCAUCUGAAAUGCUUCAAGUCCCCAUCCCAAAUGAUAGGUUCCAAAUAAAAAAGUUCCCUGACCCUACCAGGCACCCAUCAAAAUCUAUGAAUUUCCAGAAAUUUUGAUGGAUUCGAGACUGUACACCUGAUAACAGCGCAGAAACUCUUGUCCCGCAUUUAUCCAGAUAGGCAGAAUGUUCUGUAUUUUUAAUUUGGAAGACUUGUGGAGUAUCUUGGCCUAAGGUCUUGGGGUUGUCAUCAAAACGAAAAACAUUUCUAGGUUUCCCAAUGUAACCUGUAGUCGGUAAACUAGUACAUAAACAAGUGAACUGGGGGAGAUUUAGCUAGGUAGCCAAAUGAAAUUGUCAGUGUUCGAUGUACUAAUUUGCUACAACCAGUAAAUGGAUUAAACUACCAGACAGGUCACUUUCUUUGUGAAACACAACUCAAAUUUUCUCUUAAACUUAAGUUUAAGAGAGGAGACAAAUAAUAAUGAUAAUACUUGUAGUAAUAAUUCCAUCUAGCUUGCCUAGAAAAGUUCAAAAAGAAAAAUUCCAGUUUAUUCAUGUUCAAUCUUUCUUGAAUUUUUCCACUGAGCAAAAUCUGUGAAAAAAUUUCAUCUGAAACUUCACUUCAUUUGGUGUGGUCUUGAAGCAGGUGUUUUGAACAAUGCUUUAAUUGUUGGUACUUCAUGUAAACUCAUGGCUUCCCUUCAUUUGACUGCAUGCCUCUAUACGGAACACUGACUGGUCUUUCCAAUUUACUUGCCAUAAAAUUGUUACAAAUAUUUAGGAGAAGAAUGUGCAUAUGUAAUGUUACAGAAUUAUGUAGGUUAAUUCUAAAGCUCAUUGAGAGUAAAAAUAUAUAUUUUCAGUUCAUAUCUCAAUGAAAAUCAAUGACAGUAUAUUUUAAGAUGCUUGCUUUGUAGAGAGAGUGAUGGUGAGUAGAUUAUGAAACAAUGUUGUAAUUUAUGUACCAUCUAGGCCUUGAUCGAUUUUAUGGCUGUUGCCAUGUCAUGUGUCCGUGACGUAUGAUGUACAUCAAAUGUGUCGCUUUUUUACUAACUUUAUUUUCAGCCUGAUUAUACUGCCUGAAACCCGAUUACAAAUUCAAAUACAUUGAAAGUCGCUUUUAUUCUGUUUGUUGCCAAAAUUUUAUUGACUGGUUGCAAUUGAAAAGGGUCUUGGUUUGCCACGAUUUUGAAUUUGACGGGCUGGCUAAGAUUUGUUUGCCUUCCCCAUGACUUGUUAUGAACGAGCCAAAAUACUGUAUUAUGUAUUCUUGGAGAAAUCCUAGCAAUGCACAUGGACAUCUCCCCGAAUUGUAACAUUUUUCGGGUUUUUCUGUGCAAAAUGAACUCCAACGUCAACAAGAGAGAUUGUAGUUGACACCUUGGGGGUUGUUUUGCUUGUUGUCUUUUCUUUUUGUUUCAAAUUUAGGCUUAAUUGGAGUUUUAGGCCUUCUUUUGUGUGGAAGCAUAAUUUUGUAGGCGUUACUGGCUUUUACUACGCAGAUCGAGUAAGAAAUAUCGAGGGGAUCUCAAUAAGCACCUCUAGCUUCCUAAAUAAUUGAGUCUGUUUCACGAUCAGACGAUAUUUAACCUGAGCAUCUUUCGUUGGUCCUUGUUGCUUCGUUUUUGUAUUUGAUUAUUUGGGUCUUGAUGUGUUCGUAUUUGUCGGUGCUCUCUUCCGUCCUCGUCAUACAUGCUCUGAAAGUUGCUGUACAUAGUGAAUAUACCAAUGGUGUUCCAACGAAUGUAGUAAAACGCAGUAUUCAGACGUCACACAGUUUUGGAAGUUGUGAACCAAGGUCUGUUGUGAUAGUCGUGUAAGCUUGUGUGCCCCUGGCUCUGUCCAGCAUUUUCUGCCGUGAUGAAUGACAAGCAUUUACGCUGUGUUGGGAUCAGGAUACUUGCAUUUCCUUUGAUGUCCUUAUGUUACUGAUUCCACCCCGCCCACGCCUUCACUAUCUGUCCGUAUUCAAGAGAACUGCUCAUGAAUUUCGUUCCUAUUUUGUUUUUCUAUGUGCAUGUGUUUUGGCGAUAUCAAUAAAGAAAUCAUUAACGGAAUCAUUGUUUAAAAUAAGUUUGAAAUGCAUAACAGCCUAACGUGGAUGGUUUUCUAUUCAAGUGCAUUACUAAAUCAUGGCGUUACUUCUUUUGCAGCAUUUUUUGAAAGGAAAAAAUACAUCCAAAACAAUGAUGUGUUAAGUUUAUAGUGGCUUGUGUUAUUGAUGAAGCCGAAGUGUCGGAUUAAAAUGUUAAAAAUUUCUUGUAUUAAAACCUUCUGAGCUGGGUGUCAGAAUGUUUGUUUUUUUCUAA